ACCUCCGAAGGGACGAUAUCGUGUUCGUCGGUUAGUGCGCGUGUGUGUUAUUCUCUUUGAGGAAGUACAUCAGUUAUUUCGUUUAGGGUGGAAGAAAACAGUCUGGUUUGGCUCACCGGAAUUGCGAUCAAUGAAGUGAAGGAAAGAAAAAAACAAAACGCAAGAGUUGUGUUCUAUUCCAUGUGCUUAUUUAUGUGUAGAAUAAAGUAACGCUCUCUGUGUGUCUUCUCUAGUGCUCAGGAAGACUGAUUAGAAGAUAGAAUAUCGAUAGUAAUUAAAUCCGCGCCCUCUUCCUAAGCUAGUUAGAGCUAACAGAAAGGGGGGAUAGGUCCGAUGUGUGUACACACAACUUGAAUCAAACACCACUGUGUGGGGGUGAUUGUGGUGUCGGGGGCCAAAGCUUCCUACGAUAGAAAUUUUCACUUCAAGAGAAGUGCGUGUGUAUGUGUGUGUUUUUAUGUUGCUGCCCUCGUCUGCAGCAUAUCAGCCUCUCUAUGGCUAUUAUAUAAGCGAGAAAGAAGAGCAUAAGUAGGGUUGUUCCGAAGGGGUUUGGGUAGGAGCAGAACGGGCGCGGGGUGUUCCCCGAGGGAAAACAUCAUCGACGGUGCGCGCGAGAGCUAGCUUGGAAGAAGACAGUGUGCGUGCGGCGUGCGCGGUGUGGCAGGCCUGUCUGUGAAGCAAUCCACAGAGAGGGUACGUAGGACGCGAAGGGCGCCAUUGCCAACCAGUGCCCGUGGUUUCGGGUGUAUUGGUGUGCGGGAUAUCGGUACUGCUUUUGCUUCCCAUUGACAAGGGGCCCGCGUGUGUCCCGCUGUGCGCCCGUGUGAUCCGUGUACCAGGAAGCAUACGUGUGCGCGCGCGUCCAUCCGCGUGCUUGUGUACGUGUGCAACGGAGCCAGCCAGGAGAGGAGUCCAGGAAAAGAAGAAGCGACCCCGAGAAGGAAGAAAAUUUCAUGCUGGUUCAGGCGAGCAUUAAAAAUAUGUUUUUCCAUCGCGGUAAAAUUUCGGGUCUUUCGGGCAGAUUCUGACGGUUUCUGGGCAGAUUCUGAAGCGUUUGCUCUGCGAUUUACACUUCCGGCGGGUCCGGUUCGAUAUUCAACGGAAGUGAGCCGCGUGUGUAGAAUGUGCGAUUUGGUGGAAAGUGCCAUUUCCAGAAUGUAGAAAAGUGAAAAGGGUAGCUCACACAGGCAGCCACUAGGAUUACCGAGAAAAUUACAAAUUCUGUGCGUGAAAACUGAAUUUAUCAACAUUCUGGGUGUGUGUGUUCCCUGCCAUCGAGAACCGAAUAAGUUAUAUUUAUAUCCCCACCGACGUUUGUCAUCUAUGGAUUAUCUCCGGAAGCUGUAGAAGAACGGAAGUCUCGCAUCGAUCUCAUCCAACCGAAGGUAAGAAGAAGGGCCAGCAACCGGUUUGAGCAACCCCGAAAAUAUUCUCUCCGCUUUCUGCGAUGCGAGACUGAGGCUUUCGAAGUAACACACAUUUGUUUUUUUUUCUGGAGCCCCGCGAUCAAUGACCGCCCACGGAAUUGGCUUCAUCAUCGCAUCGCAGUUGGUGCCGAAGCUCGAAGUAACUCGAACAGCAAAGCCUACUUGGAUGCUGCUGGACGUCACUCACCAUUGACGGUAAUAAUGAAUCACAUCCACCGGGCUAUCUCAGGCUAGAAACAGUAUCUAAUGCAAAGGCUAUCCUUUUGGCAACAAUCCUAGAAGCAGUCCGGGCUGGAGUAACGUAAAAUAUCUAAGGAAAAUAUCCCUCUGCAGUGCGUUCCUACAACGAAUGGCUUCCAUCAGUGCAAAAAUGGCACCACACACGCAGGCCGCCAAUCUAACCAUAAAACAGCAAUACCAACCUCACCAGUGGCCAUGGAGUAACAGCAAUACUAGCAAUAGCAACGGCAUCAAUUCCGCCACUAGCAAUAACAACAAUACACCUGCCGUCAAUACUCAGUCGCUGCCACUGCCACCACCACAAGGCGGCGUGUCAGCUGUGACCUCAACGACGGUUGCUUCCGUCACGGUGACGCCGGUAAACAAAUUGAAACGCUUGCAACCGGCUCAAUCGGAAGCGAUCAAUGGCGGCACUAUAACCAGAAGCAAUAGCACCAACACCAUUGCCACCGGUGCCAAGCGUAUUCGUUCGACCAGUGUGGAAAAAGUUAACAAAUCGGUCGGAACCAACACAACUGGUCUUAGCGGACCACCCGGAUUAGUGGCUGUUGGAUCCGGAAUAGCCACAGCAACUUCUAGCACAACCACCAAAAAGCUAACUCAGAUGGCAAUCGUCGCAGCCAGCAACAUUAACCAUCAUCAUCAUCAGCAGCAGCAGCAGCAGCAACCACAGAUCUCAAACAAUACGACCACGACGACCAUCACGAAGAACACAAGAAAUUUCACUGCCACCAGCGGGAAUGCCGAUCUGAGUAAUUCAAACAAGAUAACAGGUUACUUCAAGUCCCAAAUGAAAACCACCAACACAUUUAAUAAUCUAAAGAAAAAUAUUAAAACUAUAGCGGGACGAGCCACGACACUGAAGACCACUGCCACUGCAUCAGCAACCUCAACGUCGACGGCUACGGCGGAAGCCGAAGCGGAGAUCACCACAACCACCGAACUGAUGACAACGACUUCAACGGUCCUGCAGCAAAAAAGUAUCAUCAAAACGGCAACCCCUAUCAAGGGCACCGGUGCCAGUCUGGAGAAGUAUCUCAAUUUGCUCCAACAGCAACAACUUGUGAAAAAGACCGAUUUGGAUGUGCGUUCAAUGACUACAUCCAUUUCACCAACCAGCUCAUUGAAAAAGGUAGAACGGAAAACAGCACGAAUUGCGCCAACCGUAUCGCUCACCCGCAAAGUAAGCCACUCGACUCAAGGCGGCCUAGCAGUAGGGCAACCUAAAAAACCGAUCUCGAUUGCUCCAAGAACGGCGGAUCCAAAGUCAGGCUUAAAUUACAAUCAACAGAUGAUGGCCGCUAGUAGUAGUCAAAGUCAGCACGAACAGAUGAUGAAAUCCCAACAGCCUACCGUUCUACUGACUGCCAUCCGGAUUCCUCAACAGCAGCAGUCGAUACAAACCCAAACUUCGCAACCGCAGCCCAGUCAAACCCAACAGCAGACCCAGCAAAGCCAAGCUCAACAACAGUUCAAACAAGUCGUUCAGCAACAGUCUCCAAUCAGCAGUCCUCCGCGAACACCAACCAAACUGGGGUCAACCAUGUUCCAGUUUCAUCCGCAGACGUCAUCUGUAAUGCCAAAUUUGGUACAGAUUCCUAAUCUGGUCCCAACUCAAACGGUUUCCUCGGCUAACAAACUGAACGCUGCCUCGGUAGUGACCGCAUCGUCGACCAACAGUAGUCCAAGUUCCACAAAUCUGCUAAUGAGUAACGCCAGCCAUGGUCUAACUGCUACCCGCUUGAAUAAUGGCACUACGCAGCUGUUCAUGAACGGAGCUGUCAUCAAGCUUCAUCAAAUCCAGCAGCAACAACAGCAGCAGAUAGCAGUAUCUUCCGGUCAACAAAUGCCAACAUCUCAACAAAAUCUGACCAUGGAAGCAACCACUGUCAACAUGAGUCUCAAUGGACUACUUUCGAAACCACCCGCCCUCUCGACAGCACUGCCUCUAGCAGCACCUGGUAGCCUUAACCCAAAUCAACAGCAGCAAUCAGGCAAAACCUUUGCUCUUCAUGCGCAGCCUUCUGCCCAGAUGUUCCAACAGGCCAACACGGCUGCGGCUGCGGCAUUCGCUCCUCAGCAACUUUUCAUGACCCCAGCCGGUGGCAUCCUCCUGAAUGCGUCUGCUUUGCCAACUAUGCUAACCUCAGGACUGACCGCCGCCAGUCUUCAGCAAGCUCUCACUCAGGCAGCUCAAGCCAACAUACCGGCACUUCAUCCACUUCAACCGAGUCAACCUCAGGCAACACAGUUACCAAACAUCACUGCCAUCAUCCAACAACAGCAGCAGCAACAACAACAGCAACAACAAUCCCAACAAACACAACCACAGCAUAAUUUCCACCAAUUACUGGCCAAUAUCCCUCAAGCGGUUCUCCAGAACCUACAAGGCACUGCCAAGUUUGGCCAAGCCCCACAAUUCGUUCCUUUCUCAUCCCAUUUAUUCCUCAGCCCACAAACUCCCGCUCUUACCUCAUCGGCCUCUCUCACUAGUCCGAUUACGAUCUCAACGUCAACGAUGCCCUCCGGGUCCACAACGGUGACCCAGCCACUAUCUCCACCCCCACUGGUAGCCACUGUGCCGACCUUCUGUACCACAUCGAAACCAAUCAUGAAUACUUUGAAUAACCAAAAGAUCAUAAUCGCUUCGGCCACGACGAACACGACUACGGCCAAACCACCAACAGCGAUCAAACCGAUUUCAUCGACGGAACCACCCAAAUUGGUCCCGGUACAGCUAAACAAACCAUCGAUUUCCAUCACUCCUGUGCUUUCGACUACACCGAAACUGCUAGCCCCAUCACCGCCCGUACCGAAGCUGGUUCUAUCCGCAUCGGUUGCAACCAAAGCAACGUCCACUAUUUCUCUACCCAAGGAACUACCGAAACCAAAUAUAUCCUUGUCGGAGCCACCUGCACUAGCCCCCGCCUCGAUUCCUGGUCCACCAAUAAAACUAUCUCGACCGACGCCUGGCGCUUCCCCAAGAAUCCUUGACAACAAAUCUCCCCCGGCGUUGAACCCACUUUCGCUGGAUUGUGGAAGUAGCAACGAUAGUGGAAUCGUCGCUAACUCUAGCGACACCGAAGACAAGUCACUCACCAUCGAUCUCUGCUCGCCCGGAACGCCUGACUUUUCACCAGAGAAAAAAGAAGAACAAGAACCUCGCAAUCCAUCGCCAACUUCCCCGCCCCCAGGCUCAGAAUCGGAACAAGAUUCAAAAGACGACGAGCCAUCCGAAUGUGACCAACCGCAGCACCCGUCGCACUCAUCGCCGCCUCCACUACGUCUGCUUCCGCCAACAAUCGACAUCUAUCAGUUUGACAGCAACUCGCUACCUCCUUGUCAGAAAUCACCUAAGAGCCUCGUUCUGGAGCAGAUCAAACUCAAACUACCGGAGAAACCCGACGAUCAACCACAGGAAUCUAUGUCCUCCGAUCAGGACUCUACCAGCCAAAGUCCCCUCGAUGAGCAGCAAUCAUCUUCGGGCACUCCUUCGGAAUCUCAUCGCUCAACGACUCCGGCAGACCUGUCACCUCCGAGCAUCGAAACGGAUCACCUCAACAUUCCCGCGGGAGCCGAGUGUGCGAAAAGCCCGAUCCUUUCACAACCGAAGACCAUUCGCUUCCCAGCUGUGAACGGAGUUCAUCAUAAUUUCGGUCGCAAGGGUUUCCGCCGACUUUCGGACGGACGACUUUUCGGCCUAUGCUAUUGGAACAACUGUGACGCUCAGUUCGAUACCAGCUCGAAGCUGCUCGAUCAUCUGCAGAUCCAGCACGUGAACAGCCAGUCGGGACCAUUUGCCUGUCUCUGGGAUGGCUGUAAGGUGCAUAACAAAGAAUCCUGCAGCAGACGAUGGCUAGAGCGGCACGUGCUGUCCCAUGGCGGUUCCAAGCCGCAUAAAUGUAUCGUCGCUGGGUGCGGUAUGCGCUUCGGUUCGCAGUUGGCACUGGAAAAGCACGUCAAUAACCACUUCGUCAACACGGACAAUGCAAGCUCCAGUAAGCGAUCAUCAGAUCCACCCGUUCCAAAACUUCUCCGAAAGACCGGCAAGAAGCUACGCUACAGACGUCAACCCUGGUCAGCCCGCCGGUUUGAUUUUUUCGACAUUGGAGUGAUGGAAGGGCUACAGCAUAGACUGAUCAUGGCCGGCAGUGUGGCCAGCGCGCGCCGUGGUACAGUAACGUUCCGUGGACAAGCCGCAGGACGGCGAACGACCAGCACCGGAACUGAAGUCUUCGUUAAGUGGUACCCACGGGAAAUCAUUUCCGACGAUUGGAUUCCGAUUGAGCAGAUAACCCUUACGAAAGAGAUCUCAAUCAACGAGCUGAACCCGGACCAGCGGUUCGAGCUUGAGGCCCAACUGAAGACCAACCGGAAGGCCAACGCCGAGCUUCUCUCGUGUCUCCACGAGCUGAACCUGAAACUGCAAGCGGAAUCUGGCGUCGUUUGUAGUGGUGGCAGUGGCCGCGGUGGUAGUGGUGGUGGUGGUAGUGGCAGCAGCAGCAGUUGCAGUAGUAGCAGCAGUAGUCGAAGCAGUAGUUGCUUCAGCUCCACUACCUCUUCCAGUGGGUUCAGCAGUAUGAGCACACCGAUCCCGUUCAACUCCCGAACGGAACCAAAAAAGCUUAGGAAACCUCCGAAGCAAUCCUACUCCUCAACACCGUCACCGCUCUCGUCGGUGCUGUCGUCCUCCUCGUCGUCACUGCUUUCGAGUGGCAGUUGUAGCAGUAGCAGUGUUGGAGUUGGUUGCAGCAGUAACAGCAAUAACAGCGGAAACAGUAGUAGCUGUUCAUCUUCUGUGUCUUCCUGACCUGCAGUGGUGAAGCUUGGUCUGCAGGCGCUCGCCCAGAAACAAACACGGAAGGCAAUCAACUGCAUUCGGCGUCGACGAGCAUCGGCCAUGAAGACAUCCGGUCAACAGAACAGAAAGCUAGAUUGUUAGGGCAAUCCUUUUCUCAGUCCUUCUAAACAUCAACGGCUUAGUGCCGGGUCAUCAGGUCUACGUAAACUGGUAAUAGUAGAUCAAACAACCAACAUCGGGAUCGGGCUUAAUUGUACAUUAUAUUUACUAUAACUGUGUGCAAAGUUAUAGAUAUUUGCCCACCAAUGCUAGAUUUAUAUGCCAAUAUUAAGGGAUACGCCAACCGCCAUCAAUCGAUUUCGAUCCUUCCGUUUAUUUUCUAGAUUCCUUUUUUUUACUACAGUAGUAGUCGUACCGAUGGCAAAUACAACUAUUUGUUUAGGGAAAUUUUUGAGUCUGCAUAAAUUUAAUUGGAAGCGUACAAAUCGUACGCUUGCACACGAAACAAGGAAGAUUAUUUAAAUAUUUAGUUUUAGUAGUUCUAUUUUUCUGCUAGUUGCAACACGGCGCCCGACGUUACACUAGAUAGUGUGCGGACGAAGAUACGCGCGUGCUUGUUUUAAUCGGUGUAAUAAUGUGAAAGUUUUUUAGAAUAAUUUUUAUUUUCUACGGUCGGUCGAGAGCCGUUUUCGUGUACAAGAAAGCAAGGUAUAGAAUUAGUUAUGAAGAGAAAUAUUGAAUUGAAAAGUGAGCGAUUCGUUGAUCUCAAUAAGUAAAAAAAUUAAGGAAAAUAAUCAAAUGUUAUUAUUUUCCUUGAAGUUAAUUAGUGGUUGGUCAGAUCUUUUGCACUUUCUAGAUUUGUGUCGAACGGAAUAACGGUGAGCUUCGGUAAAUUCUUCAUUUAAGGGGAAUGUGCUUAUUAAUUCUCGUGGGAGCAUUGUUGUUAGAAAACCUAGAACAAGCAGGGCGUGGGCAAAUACAUUAUAUUACCAAGAUAUUCAGCUAUCCGUUUUUAGAAACAAGUUCUAAGCGACAUUGAUCUUUUCAAGCACGAUGCCCCAAGUCGAGUCCGAACAUUGGGACUGAUUUUGCUCCAACCUGACUGGGUCUGGAAUUAGAGUACACUAAACACUUAUGAUUGUCGUCUCUUUCAAAGUUGGCCCUUUGUCUCUACAUUUCACAAACAUUGCCUUUCGAUUAGCUGAGCUCCAGAAAUAUUUAGUCGCACUACCAAAACAUUCUUCUCUGGGAGCAUUUCUUCGGCUCUAUAUCAAACUAUAGUAUUCCAGGGGCAUUUCUAGAUUUAGGUGCUUUGGGUGAUUUUAGACAUUUCGAGCAGAGUUUUCACCAGCUGUUCUAUGUAUUUGUUUUCAUUUUGUUUAAAAUUAAAGCCCUUGAAGAAGAUCAAAAAACAGUGUUUCAAUUUAGUUCAGUAUUGGUUAAGAAAACAAAUCUUUUGAAGAGUGGACUGUUGAACUUUCCGAUCCUAUGUACAAGUUUAGGAAAUGAAGCUCAGUCCCUGAUGAAAAUUAUACUGUGGUGCACAUCCUUCUGCAAACAUUAAAACAACACGGAUACAAAUCCAUUAAGAAAUCAUGUAAAUCGUUAAUGAAAAAGAAUGGCUAGUAAAAAAAUUAGAUAUUACUAAGGCUGUGAACCAUUUCGCGAUUAUUUUUAACUUUUGGUUAAAAUCUGAAACUUGAGUGGUUAUUUUGUGUCGAGUAGUUAAAUUUAACUAAAACUGCGGCCCAUUUCAAAGUUUGACGGAUGGAAAGUUAGUUGGGUUUAUUUUCCACUGGAAAUAAUGUUGACUCAGUUUCGGAAAAUAACCAUCGAUCUGUCAAAAAUAACCAUGUUUUCGAGCAGAGUUAUUUUUGACAACAUCAAAAUAACCGCUCGAGUGUCAAAUUUCAACCAAAAGUUAAAAUUAACCACGAAACGGUUCACAGCCUAACUCCCACAAAUUAGGGAUCAGACUAUCAUCAAUACGACAAAGAAAUUAAGACUCCACUCGAUUUACAUUGUUCGAUUUUGGUUUACCAAUUUUACAGCGCUCUGAUUGCUCACCGAAUGCCCGAGAUGUUGGCUACGAUAGCACUUGCUAGAAUGCCUUAUCCUUGUCACUAGCCUCUCUGCAAGCGAUUCUAUUUUGUUGGUCGUUUGUUGAACGACAUACUGCACGAAAUAUUCGUUCAGUUUGCUGGAUCGGUUUGUUGUUGUUUUUCUCUUGCAAAAAGAGUGUCAAAAUUAGGUGUUACCUUCAUAUAGAAGGAAAAUUUGUUAUUUUUCUAUGUAAAGGUGAAGUAUUGUACAGGUAUGUAGUGUUAGUUUGAAAAAAUAAGUAGAAAAAACUUCAGGAAUUCUCCAGUAAAACUAGUCCAACGGGGCUCCAACUUCUCAUAUUAAAAAUGGUUCAACAAUGGACCGCUGUCUGCCGUGUUUGUUGAACGAAAAAAAUGGCAUUCGGUUCAACGGUCGGUUUCAUAAUCGGCAAACGAAGGUCCCGUGUUGGCCUUCCGUUGAACGAUUAAUUGGACGUUCAUUGGACCAACGAUCCAACGUAUUGGACCAACGGAGGACCAUCGUUGAGCGUUUAUUUUUCUAAGAGGGUAGGCUGAGCAGACAUUUCAAAAGUUUUUCGUCGAUCUGAGUCGAAACGGAGUCAAGUGCAAUAACCGAUAAUGACUAGAAAUCGGUUGUCGCACUUGAAACGAAAUCCAUCUAGGCAUUUUUAUGAUCAUAAUCUCGAAUUUCGGACGAUUUAAAUGGGUCCAAUUCCUUUUCGAUUCAGAUUGACGAAAAACUGUCCUACAAACGGAACGAGGAUGGAGGACUUUUGAAGCCAGUUUCGAAUAUAGUUGUAACGCAAUUGAACUGAAAUUCGAGUCAGUUUUGAACCUAAUUCUUUUAUAGGGUUUGCUCGCUCCCCCAUUAUUACCCACAUUAUGGAAAUAACGGGUUAUGGGAUUCUCCCCGCUCGCAACGUUUUUAGGGGGCGGAAAACCAAUCCUUGGGACCUUGGUUUAUGAUCGUUCAAUACAUCUUUCCGGAGAUGGAGUUCAGCAUUUUUUGCUCACUAAACCAGCGCCAAAUUCUCUCGGUACACUACUGACCUCCAUAUAAUAUGCUAGUUACUGAAAUUCGGAUAUGCACUUUAGUUGAUUUGGGUUAAGAGUGUAGCUUCAUACGACCAGAUUGACAGUAGUAAGAAUGGAAACCGGGUAAAGUUUGGUAUCAGGCGGACAAAACACGACAUACUUUACUUCACUAACUUGCUUUCAGAAGUGGUCGCGUCUACUGAAGCCAAGAGUUCCAUUAGUAGUUUCAUUAUACAAAUUGCACAUAUAUUCAACAUUCAGUUUUGAACUGAAGCAAAAAGGCUACUAUGAUGAUUUACCGAAUUUCGGUAUAGACAGACUUACUUUCGGGAAGACAAAUUCACCCAAUACUCAAUUUUGGGUAAGCUUAGUUUUUGUCAUCCCGGGUUGGCGGUUCAAUGCAUAGGGCACUGGUCUCACAAACCAGCUGUCGUAUGUUCGAGCCCCGACUGGGAAGGAUUCGUAGUGUCAGUAGAAUCGUAGCACCAGUCAUACAAUGGUUCUCUCUGAAUCGGCUGCGCGGUCUGUUGAAACAGAAGGUCAAAUAGCACUACAGGAAUGUAAUACCAGGCUUUUUUCAAGUUUUUGUCAGAACAGAAUAGUUUCAAUUUCGAAUUGAGUACAUAAUUCUGAUUUUGUCAAGCUAAAUUUUAACAAUUUUUUAAAGUGAAAAUACUUUUUUUUCGUGAUUCCCAUUGUAUACCCCUUGUUUUGUUCAUGCUAGUUUUUGAAGACACAACAGUGCUCAUCGUGGUCUUAAUAACUGCUGCGUAUCCCGAACAGAGAAAUUUUUACCUACAUUUAUCAAAAGCUCAAUACUCGUCCAGGACUCAUCGUGAACCCUUUUCUAAUCUAUCCCAAAAAAUGCGGCUUCCACAUUAGACCGAAUCUACGUUGGUAUUGCCACUGUACAUAACCAAACUGUGUCUAAAUGGAGAAUUCAAAAUCGGAUAAUCUAUAUUAGAUACAAUCCCAAAUUGUAAAUACCUACGAAAACUUUAUCCAAUGCAAGAGGAAGUAACAAGAAAACAUCGCAAACACGUCGAAUGGUAUCGCUUCAAGCACUGUACAAAGGAAACAAACAAACGAAAUGAAAAAUUAAACAAUGCUACCCCCAAAAAAGACAGUGGUAUCCACGUGCAAAAACCAAAAAUCGUAGCAGUGAGAACAUAACGUGUAACCAAAUUUUCUGUUGUAAAAUGAUAUGGGCGAAACUAUGUACAGUCACAGAAAACAGAUGUUCCAAGUUUCCAAUGUGUGGAGGAAAUUUAACUGGUCUUUUGAAAAGUGAAUACCAAAUAGUCUAUGAAGACGCUUCGAGUGGUCCAUCAAACUCACGGUUAUUUGAACUCAAUUUUCACUUUACCGUUUUUUAGAAAUUUUCAUCUAGCUUGGAUGUUUGUUCUCUGUGGUAGGAUUGCAUAUAUACCAACGUUAACCAAAAUCUGUCAUAUGAUGGUUAACCUCCAGGUGAUGAAUGAGCCCCCAAAACGAGCUGUUUCUUUCCCUCCAUUUUUAUCUAUGCUCAAGAACGCAGUGUUUAAUCAGUGUCUCCGUUCUUUUAUCUUUGUUCUAUAAUAGAAAUAGUCGUAGAUCGAAGUCCCAAGAAUGUCUUUCCAUGCAGACAAGUCUGCAUUUCAAGCUAUUUAUCCGUCGUGUAUUUAGUUUGUUAUUUUAAUCAAUCACUUAAAUAGAUUUUAAGCUGUAUAAAGUGCAGUCGCAGCCUGUUAACGAGCGAAGAAUUUUGCAUGGAGCAUCUUCUUCUUGAAACACAAACAUAAACACACACACACACACGCGGCUCGAAAACAUCAAUAAGAAACAAAGGAACAAAAAGUAAUAGGUGUCUAUGUGUAAUAAAUAGUGUUACGAUACUAGAAGUUAGUGCAGCGAUAGGGAAUAAAAAAAAUAAGAACUAAAUGAAAACCACAAUAAGAAAGUUAUUUCCUCCAAUCACUUGUGUAAUUUUUUAGUGGGAAAAGUGAGAUUUAGCCUAAAAAAUCAUACAAACACACACUCACAAAUAUGAAGGAUGAAAUCAUUAGUGUAGCAUUUUUUGUUGUGACUAAAUUAACCGAAAACGAUUAUGUGUUAGGAAACAAAAAUAAUACGGAAGAAUAAGUUUUCUGUCGAAAAAGAUCACUGCCAAAACAAACGACUGAUUAAGUGAUUAAAAACUACCAACAAGGGUAAAAAGAAGACAAACAACACAAUAAUGGCGAUGAGAACCACCAUACACGAAGAUUUCUCAGAUCAAACUGUCGCCUUGACCGAUAGACAGACCUACAGACUUUCUAGCUUGAUUACACAAUUUUAACUCGAUUUUCGUUGUACCGAUAAAUGAAUGAUAUGCAAGCGAUUUCAAGUUGAGGAAAAAAAUAUCCAAUCAAUCGUUCAUCUACUCAUCUAGUGCAGUAUUUUUCUGUGAAGCAAACGCCGUCUCCCUAUUUUAAAUUCGUAACAGUAGGCAACUGCGUCGUAUGACCAA